GGCAUACCUGUCGGGAGCACGGUACCGGAUUUAUGAUCCGCGGUGGACUGUUGGCAUGCGCAACCGACGCCGCACUUAAGACGUUUAUCCCAGACCUCGGGAUCAAGUAUGAAACGAGGUAAUGGCUUUAUGAAAAUCCUUCCAUCAUUCGCCCAAACAAGAUGUAAAUCCAUACGUUCGCUGAGAAUAAUUUUCCUCUGCCUCGCAUGGCGUGAUAUCCCCAAAACCCCCAUCCCUGAGACUGUUACCGCCAUUUACGAAGCUGUCGUAUUUUACCUGUGGAAGAAGGAUAACUUCCGGUUUAGAGGAGAUAAAUCAGAAACGUAUAUGAAGUAUGCCUUUCCAGAGGAGGUUGCUAUGGAAAGUGAACCCGAAAGGAAGAUUCUUGAGUAUUUUGCCUUCAGUGGAAUGUACAGCAACUUGAUAGAUUUUCAACCGAGACAUCAAGGGGCUCUACUCGAUAAAUUAGUACGGUGCAUCCAAGGAGGGUUGUCAUUUUUUGAACGACUUGGAUGCCUGUCGUUCCUGCGGACAUCAUACCCCUCAGCAGACAAGUCUGAACAAAGUUAUCAUUUCUUGCAUCUGACUUCUCAGGAGUUCUUUGCAACAGAGUAUUUCGUUCGACAAUGGAAAUCCCAAAGUCAACUUGUGUUCUUAGAUCUCAACGCCAAAGCGCCUAAGACUUGUCGUAUGAAAUCUGAAGAUUUCUUGAAGGAAUACAAGUAUAACCCGCGCUACGACAUCGUAUGGCGUUUUACGGCAGGCCUACUCACGCCCGAGGAGGUACCGGAAUUCUUUAGGCAGCUCGAGGAUGGGCAACCCGACCUUUUAGGGCCCACACACCAGCGACUAGUUAUGCAUUGUUUGAGUGAAGCAACUGAUAUACAGUCUCGGCCGAUAUUGGAAAGAAAGUUGUCGCAGUGGCUGUUAUUCGAAUGCGAUCUUAUGGGGCACUCGCUCUUGGCUAGGGAAUCGGAGUUUCCAUACCAACCCCUACAUGGCGCCCUAAAUGACAGGGAUGAGUCCAGAAGGGUGAAAAUAAUAGAAACAUUGAGAUCGCGUGACUGGCUAGGGGCGAUUGCCACCGACCUCGCAGUGCUAUUCGGGGACGUAAACGAAGAAGUCCAAUACGCUGCGGUUGCCGCUCUAGAAGGCAAAUAUGACUUAGUAGAGGGAGCCAUCACGAAGCUACUAGAAUUGGUCUUAGAUAACAACGCGCUCGAAAAUACCAGAUACGCGGCAGCCGAAACCCUAGGUCUCCAACGCAAGUCGCCAGAAACGACCGCGAAGCUGAUACGACUUUUCCAAGACGCAAAUGCGUUCAACCGAGAAUGUGCUACCGAAGCCUUAGGCUAUUCGCCAGAUUUAUCAGAGGAAAAUUUUUCAACCUUGGUGACACUACUCCAAGACAAAGAUAUAUCGGUCCAAGAGUCCGCCGCCCGGAUCCUAGGUCGUUCAUCAGAUAUACAGGAAACCAUCACUACUAUAGUGACGCUUCUUCGAGAUACGAAUCCUGGAUUGCUGGUCGAUGUGCUAUGGCGGCAAGAGAACUUGCCAGAGAAUGCUAUCGUAGUUUGUGGAACACUGCUCAAGAGCUCAUAUAAGGGUACUAGAAAAGCUACUCUUAAGAUCCUAGAAAAACAGCCAAAUAUACCACAAGAAGUUACAGCAGCUCUUAUGGUAGUCAUAAGGGACGACGAUAAUUAUCACAAAUUUCUCGCUUCUAGGGUUUUACAAAAACAACCGAACUUAUCUGAACAGGUUAUUAUAGCUCUUGUACGGUUACUUGAGAAUGCAGAUUGGAAUGUCCAAUUGUUCAGUGCAGCUAUUCUGAGAUACCGAUCGGAAUUUUCGAAGAAAAGCAAUAUUCUUGAGCCAUUACUUCACAACGCAGAUGCGACAACCCAAUACUCUAUCGCUAAAGCCAUAGCGUUACAAUCAAAACUACCUUUCCCGGACGUCGUACAGCUACCCGGAAGCUGCGAUGGUUGGACUUUGCCCAUCUGGAUCAAAAUACUAAAAGAACAAUUAGAUUUACCGGAAGAUAAAAUAAACAAGCUAGUGCAGCUGCUCAAAGAUGCAAAUCAGGAUAUUCAAAAAGCCGUCGCCGAAGCUCUAGAACGACGAUUAGAACUAUCAGAACAAUCUAUCACCAGUUUUAUAGGCCUGGUAAAAGACAAAACCGUAGAAGACUGCAUUCGUCUCACGGCCGCCGAGAUACUAGGGAGUCAGCCGGACUUGUCCGCUAUGGAUUUUGCAGAUGAUCCCUAUAUUUUUCGUGGCUUUAUAGAACACGGGAACCUGUCACAAGAGACUACUAUGACUUUGAAAACACUCAUUGAACAUGAAAGUGAAGACGUCCGAGUAUAUGCUGCUGCUGCUGCUUUAAACAGCUGUGCAAAAUUGAGAGAAGAAGCCACCACAAUUCUCAUAAUGCUACUAGAAAGUCAAGAUUGGGAAACCAAAUAUUGCGCCACUACGGCCCUGAAAGCUCUAUCAGAUCUAUCAGAGAAUGCCACCGAAAUUCUUAUACAGUUGCUUGAAGAACCGAAUGCGGAUACCCGUAAUAGGGUCUUGCAGAUUUUUGGAGAGCAAUCGGACCUAUCGGAGAAUGCCAUCGAAGCUCUUGUGCGGCUGCUUGGGGAACCGGAUAGGGACAUUCGCAAUGAAGUCAUGCAAGUUCUUGGAAGGCAACCGAGCUUCCUGAAGAAGAUUGCUGACGCUUUCAUAACACUACUCGGGUAUGAAGACUUAGAUGUCUGAUAUGAUGUCUCUAAAUUCAUAGGAACCGAAUCGAAUCUCUUAGACAGAAUCAUCGAAGCCUUGGUUAUGGAGUCUCAUACACUUGAUUCCCAAACUAUGAAAUUUCUCUAUGGGAGUUUCUUAAGUCGAGGUUUCGAGGAAAGUUUCUGCUUGCGUAUUGAUAAUAACUUAAAUUGGUACAUAGAAAGGCAGGAUGGAUCACGAAAAGUUCUUUUUAAAUGCGAUAAUUCCUUGCCCCAGAACGCCAUGGGCGAAUGGCGGCAAUAUUGGAAUAUCCACAAUCUCGACUUAUGGUAGGGGUUCUAGUAGGACCUAGAUUCUUACAUGAUCAAAUAGAUAAAGGAGUAUUUCUCGUAUAUGUCAUGAUAAUAGACAAAACAUGC